CCCGCCGCCGCAAAGCGCCGCGCUCCCGGUGCCGCGUUUACGACAGCGCGGGCGGGCGGCGGGGCCGCCGCCAUGUUCGGGACGGCGGCCGAGGAGGACGACGCCGAUUUCCUGUCCCCCGCCAGCGGUGCCAGAUUGGCUUCUCUCUUUGGUCUGGAUCAAACAGUCUCAAGCCAUGGAAAUGAAUUCUUCCAGUACACAGCACCAAAGCAGCCUAAGAAGGGUCAAACAGCAGCUGGUCCAGCAGCCCAGAAGGCUCCUGCAGCUUCAGGAGCACCCUCGGUGUUCGUGGCCACUGCGGUUCAUGCCUACAGAUAUACAAAUGGGCAGUACUUGAAGCAAGGCAAGUAUGGAGCAGCUGUAGUGGGGAACCAUGCCACUAAAGAGUACAGGAUCCUCCUUUACAUCAGCCAGCAGCAACAGAUUGCAACUGCCAGGAUCCAUCCAGGCUUCAUGCUCACGGUUCAACCCAACAAUUACAGUACGUUCUAUGAUGAUCAGAGACAAAACUGGUCCAUCAUGUUUGAGUCAGAAAAGGCAGCAAUGGAUUUCAGUAAACAGGUGUGCAUUGCCAAAUGCAACAGCUCCCCAGUGCUUGAGUCUGUCCUCUGCCAGGAUCUCCUGCUUGGAGAAGGGCAGGGAGUAGAAGGAGGAGACUCUCUGGAGAUCGCCUAUACGGGCUGGCUGUUCCAGAACCACGGGCUUGGGCAGGUGUUUGACUCAAAUGUUAACAAAGACAAGCUGUUGCGGCUAAAGCUGGGAUCUGGAAAGGUCAUCAAGGGCUGGGAAGAAGGAAUGCAAGGGAUGAAGAAAGGAGGCCGAAGGUUCCUGAUCAUCCCUCCAGCCUGGGCCUAUGGGGCUCAAGGUGUGACUGGUCGUGUCCCCCCAGACUCAACUCUAGUGUUUGAGGUGGAGGUGAGGAGGGUGAAGCUGUUAAAGGAAUGUUCUGGAUCUGAUGGACAGAGUGUUAGCUCAAGGGAUUCUCCUGCACCUUCUCCAGUACCCAGUUCAGAUGGCUUCUCUGCAGACACUGGUUUAUUGCCUCCAACUACCAUACCUCCAAAGCCUGGGGAGCCAGCUGUUCGGGCCAAGUCAAACUCCAUCAGUGAACAGCUAGCAAACCCAGAUGUAGCCAAGGCAAAGCUGAUUUCUCGGAUGGCUAAGAUGGGGCAGCCCAUGCUGCCUUUCCUCGCCGGGACAGCGGGUGGGCAGCUUGACUCCAGUGACUCAGAAAUAGAGGAUCCAAAUACACUGAGAGGGACAGCACAACCAGUGUCUUCAUCUUCCAUGAGACCAUCCCAGCCAGCUCAUGCUGUGCUGCCCACGGUGUCAGCACAAGUACCUCAGGCAUCUGGUUCUGCACCUCCAGUAUCUUCUGCUGCUUUAAUCCCUGCAACAAUCCAGCCCCACUCAGCUCUGCCUGGAGGAUCACAGGGCUUUCAGGCGUAUCCAGGAGUGGCAUUUGCUUAUCCCCAAACUGCUGCAUCUGCUUCUCAGCUCCAGCCUGUGGGACAGAUGUAUCCUGCACCUUACCAAGCACCCGGGGAUGUUACUUCUUUUUUGAUGACAGAAGCUCGGCAGCACAACACUGAGAUCCGAAUGGCUGUGAGCAAAGUAGUAGAUAAAAUGGAUCAUCUGGCUGCCAAGGUGGAGGAGUUGAGGAAACAAAGCACUGGUAACAGCUCCCUGCUGCCUGGUAUCUCCUCUGUUACUAUGGAAGCCUCCAUGAUCAUGAGCAAUAUCCAGCGCAUAAUCCAGGAGAAUGAGAGGCUGAAGCAAGAGAUAUUUGAGAAGAGCAGUCGGAUUGAGGAGCAGAAUGAGAAGAUCAGCGAGUUGAUUGAGAGGAAUCAGAGGUAUGUUGAGCAAAGUAACUUGCUGAUGGAGCAGAGGAACCAUUCGCUGCAAACAACAAAUGAGAACACACAGGCAAGAGUGUUGCAUGCAGAACAGGAGAAGCGCAUGCUGCCAGUGGAUCGGGGCUGGGACCAGGCCAAAGUUGCAGAGGAGUUGGCAGGUGCCACAGCACAGGUUUCCCAGCUGCAGCUGGAGCUGACUGCCCACCAGAAGAAAGAGAUGGAGCUACGGAAGCAGCUUUCUGCUGCCUUGCAGGAGGCGGAGCGGCACGAGGCGCAGCUCAACCGGCUGCAGGCGCAGUUAGCAGAGCUCCAAGAAGCCUCUGAGGACACUCAGACUAGGUUCAAAGCUGAGAAGCAGAGCCGCAAGCAGCUGGACAUGAAGAUUGCAGCACUGGAAGAAGAGCUGACUGACCUCAAAGUGGAAAAGGAGACUCUGGAAAAGAAUCUUGCAGAGAGGAAGAAGAAAUCCCUGUCGGAGCGAGCUCAGGCGGAGGAGGAGAUGGAAGAAACACGCAGAUCUUACCAGCAGGAGCUGGACAAGCUCAGACAAUUGCUGAAAAAGGCACGGACUUCAACUGACCAGGCAGCAGCAGAGCAGCUGUCCCUCCUCCAGGCAGAGCUGGAAUCCCAGUGGGAAGCCAAGUGUGAACGUGCAGUUGCCUCGGCCGAGGAGCAGCACGUUAGACAGUACCAGGAGGUGUGUGAGCAGAGGGAUUCCCUGCAGCAACAGGUGUCCCAGCUGGAAGAGAAGCUUGCAGUUCUGAAACACUCAAAAAAAGCAGAGGAACAGAAAUUGUCUGAGUUUCAGCAACGUUUGGAGCAACUGGAGCCUAUCCAAGAGAAGUGUUCAGCCCUGCAGGCAGAGCUGGGGGUGCUGAGGGCUCACUAUGAGGAGCGCAUCAGAGGCCUGCAGAGGGAUCAGGAUGGAUCUUCACCUGCAGACUUCACAGAAGAAGUAAAGAAGAUAAUGAACAGUGUGUUUCAGUCUCUUCGGGGUGAAUUUGAGCUGGAAGAGACCUACAGUGGCAGGACAGUUCUGAGUGUUGUCAUGAACACCAUUAAGACUGUAACACUGCAGCUACUGAACAGGCAGCAGGAGAAACCAGAUCAUGACAGUAAAAAGGAGGAAUCUGGAACAGGAGCAGUGAGACAAGAGGGAUCACCUGGAACAAAGGAAGACCACAAAGAACCCAGCCCAGCACAGAGCAUUGCAUUCCCAGCGGAUUCUGGGGCAGUGACCACAGGCUCCGUGGUGUCUGACCAGGAAGACCCGUCUACUCCUCUGUCUGACAGGCCCAGAACUCCUGAGGAAGAGCAGGAGACACAGAGCAGUGGGUUGUUAGAAGAUGAGAAGGUCAAGAAAGAGCAUCUCUCUUCCGGAGCUGACUCUUGCCUGGAUCCUGAUAAGGGGCCUGUGCUUGCAGGACAUCCUGUUCCUGGGGUGGAUGAGGACCUUGUCCCAGCUGAGCAGGAGAGCAGUCCCAUCAGGAAAGCUGAGACUGAACACAGUCCCUUCAGAGUAUCUUUGCAGGCAGAAGUCACAGAACCUUCUGUUCUAGAAGCCAAGGCAGGAGAAGCAGAUGUGGCAGUGCUUCCAGGAAAGCCAGCUGUGGAGCAGAAGACAGAGGAGCCUGUGGGAGCUUUAGAGCCCCCUCCCUUAAACGGUGAGGGGGGACACUGCACAGACCCAUCAGAUGGAGCCACCUCCCAGGAGGAGCCUGCUUCAGUAUCCAGCACAGCAGAGCAGAGCUCAGCCAUCAUUGGAGAGACACCAGGACAGCAGGGACUGGGCUCCACCCCCAGGGAAAAAGAUUCCAGCCUCUUUGAGGAUGACAACUUCUUUGAAACAGCAUCUCCUAAACCUCUGAAGCCUCGAGUUCCCUCUGAAGAGGAGGAUGAGGAGGAAGUGAGCAUGAAGGGGCGUCCCCCCCCGGCGCCGCUCUUCGGUGAUGAUGACGAUGAUGAUCUGGACUGGCUGGGAUGAAGAGUUGCCUGGUGAGCUUGAGAGGCCUCUCCUCUGGGCAUGGCCCUUUCCUGGGCACUCAGCACUUAACGAGCUGCCCACAUGGGACAGUUGGGAACAACCAGGGACUUCCCAGGCUCUCGUGCUGUGGACUGACAGGCCCUGAGAGCAAGUGGCUCUUUUUGCACUCAUGGGCACUCAGACCCAUUGCUCUGACCUGACACCAUGUGCAGAGGUUGGGGAUGAGCUGAAGGAACCAGCCAGUCUGACUGCACGUUUGUAUCACUGCCCUUCUGUGAAACCCUUGAUUCAUUAAUCUGAAACUUUAUGCAAAUAAGAACUUUGUCAAGUGCUUCAGAACAACAAGUCUGGCAGGACCCUGCAGUAGGUAACUACAUUAAAAAAAAAGGGGGGGAGGGUGCAAAAAACAGACUAGAAUAUCUCUCCUUUCCCAGUGAAGAUUCCUGGUAGUUCCCAGGGGCUCUUCACUGGCUUGUCAGCAGGUAUUAGCACAUGCAAUGGGAGAGUGGACCAAGAGGCCCUGGCAGGUGUUUCCUGUGAGCCAGUGGGGGCACAGGCAGCUUGGGGGACCCCCAGGGCUGUGGGGUGGGGUGGGUGCCCCUGCGUGUUUAGACCUGUGGUGCUGGCUGCCCCCCCCCAGCAGCACUGCCAGGCCAGGCUCCAAGCCCAGGUGGAGCACCCAGUCAUUGCUGCUGGGAGAAGCCAAAUCCCCAGCUGGGCUUCCUGCAGGACCCCGAGGCUGAUGGAGGCCUCACAGAAAUGUUUGCACUGUGCUGCCAGCUCCUCUCUUCACACACAGGUCUGAGGUCUUGGGGGUUUUGCUGGGUUGUGCUUCAGUGGCAGGGAAAGCAGCAGUGCAGGUGUGAGCAGUGCAGAUGUGCUGUGUGCUCCUUGUCUCUACACAGCUGGGGGCAGCCACACCCCUCUCCUGUGCCCUGGUCUCUGCUGCUGCUUGAAGCACCACUUAGUGAUGGGGGGGGGGUAGAUACAGCCUGUCCUCACCAGGGCUCUGCCAGGCACCCAGGGGCUUGGGGUGUCACUUUUCAGGCUAAGUGGACCAAAAGGGGAAGCUGUGAGGAGGGACAGCUGGGCAACCCCCUGGAUUGCUUAUAGCCCUCCUGCUUCUGCCCGGACUGGCACUAACACAACUUGAAAGUAUGAGCAGUUCUUAGGAUCUCAAAACAAACCCCAGCCCCUCCUUUAGUUAAUACCGAGGAAGUGCUUAAAAUUAUUGCGCCAUAAUUGAGUUUUCUACAACUGCCUCCUAAUGUAUCUGAGCUGAAUUUCAUCUGUGUCCUCCUAAAUGGGGUUUUCUGGGGAGGUGGGGGAGGUGAAGCACUAGGCAUUCCUGUAGUGACAGUUCCCUGCCCACUCGGUGGACAAAUUGCCACAUGCAGCCAAAAUUGUGGGUGAGACUGAAGCCUGGGACAGAGCUGACCUGCUGCUGAGCUGCAGAGCUGGUCCCUCAGGGGGAGCUCAACUGGGCUUUCCUGGGGAGCUGCUCCAGAGGUCCAAGCAUCAAGUGGUUACUCAGUGCUGAGUUUUGAUGGUGGGUGAACCCUGAUCUCCCGGGGCUCCCCUGGGCUGCUCUGAGGGUGGGUGCCCUGGCCUGGCCUCUGGACCCCACCCAGUGUCCUGUGGAGGUCGUUGCUAAUACUAACAAAUUCCACGUCUUGUUUCCUGUUACAGAUAGGCAACCUGAGGGGUUUGAGUUUCACUUCUUAAAAAAUAAAGUGCAAUUAAACCUGUA